AUGGUUAUUACUAAUCGUCUUACCAAGUACAUCCAUCUUAAACAAGCUAUUUAUUUUAAAAUUCUAGAGAUUACUCGUAGAUCUUAUAAAAAUUAA